CGUGUGUCUUUUAUAUAUUGUAAUUUGUCAAAAAAUGUUUAGUUUUUGACAACAUUUAUUUUAAUUUGUUAAAAUGUUUUAUUUUAAUUUUAUAAAUGUACAUUUGUUAAUUAUAUCAUUAUAUGCUAUAAUAACUUCAUCUAGUUUAGGCCAAGAACUAAAAGAAGAAGAGCAAAUAACUUGGUGUACUGUAACAUUGGAAGAGCAAUAUAAAUGCCAAAAUUUGACAAAAGCUUUAGAAAGAGAUCGUGCUUUAUUUAAAGAAGAUUUUUUAACUUUAAAAUGUCUUCAAGGAUUUAAUAAACAAGACUGCAUGACACUCUUGGAUUCUGAAAAGGCUCAUUUUGUAACUUUAGAUGCCGGAGAUGUUUUCAUUGCUGGAAGAUAUAAUUCACUUAUACCUAUUAUGCAGGAGCAAUAUGAUGGCGGAUUCAAAUAUUUCUAUGCAGUAGCUGUAGUCAAAACUGGUACGAUACCAGAAGUUACCAGAUUAAGUGAUUUGCGUGGUGUCAAAGCAUGUUUUGCAGGUGUUGGAUAUUACGCUAGCUGGGUUUUACCAAUUCAUGUUUUGAUGCAAAUGGGAGGUAUGCAAAUAAUUGAUUGCAACAAUCAUGUAAAAUCAGCUAUAGAGUAUUUUGGACCUUCUUGUGCUGUAAAUUCAUUAACCGACAAGUAUAAUCCUAUUGGCGAUAAUUCUGAUAAAUUGUGUUCUUUGUGCACUGGUAAAGUGGCUGGUGGAAAAUGUACCUCAAAAGAUCCUUAUGCUGGGUACGAAGGAGCUUUUCGAUGUCUUUUAGAAGCUGGUGACAUUGCUUUUCUAAGACAUGACACUGUGCAACAAAUGAUAAGGAGCAAAGAAUUCAGAAGUGUUCAGGAAAGCAGAUUUGAAUUGUUGUGCACAGAUGGAACUAGAAAGCCGAUUUCUGAAUAUCGACAAUGUAAUUGGGGAACAUCACCAUCUGAUGCAAUUGUCACUACAUCUGCACACAACUAUGAAAAUAGAUAUCGCUAUACCCAAUUCUUAAAACAAUUAGCAUCCAGAUAUUCCUAUGCAAGGCAAUCAAACUAUAAUAAUACUCAAUUUGGGUCAAAUUCAAAUAAUGAUUUUAAUCGAGAUCAAAAUUUUAAUCCAGAUUACAACCGUAAUUCUGGUUUUCAAGAUUACAAUCGUAACAAUCAAGGGAGCUACAAUAACAAUAACAGAUUCAAUAAUAACUAUGGAAGAGACUUGAAUAAUGAUUAUGAUCCUUACAAUAAUACUUAUAGAAAUUUAAAGCAUGACAGUAUCGACAACGAUUAUGGCGAGAGAUACAAUGCAAGUGCUGAUCCAUCAUUCUAUGAGAAAUUUGAUUUGUUCGAGUCUAAUAGAUAUGUCGGACGAUUGAAUCUAAUGUUUCAGGAUACAAGCAUUGGAUUAGUUUCUUUACCAGAAAAUAAACAGACUUAUAUUGGAUACUUAGACAAAGCGCUGGAUUCUAUUUUGGAAGUAAGGCAAUGUACUGUUAAUAGAAUGACAUUAUGCGUUACAUCAGAGGCUGAAAUGGAAAAAUGUAUUAAGAUGAGAACAGCAAUGAAAGCCCAACUAUUAAAACCAGAAAUGACUUGCUAUAAAAGCCAUUCUCACAUUCAUUGUAUGCAAGCUAUUCAAUCAGGUGUUGCAGAUGUGACAGUAUUAGAUGCAAGUGAUGUAUAUACAGCAGGAUUGCGAUAUGAACUAAUUCCUAUAAUAUCUGAGGUUUAUAAUUUAGGAGAACCUGAAUAUUAUGUGGUGGCUGUUGCAAAAGAAGAAGAUGCUGAUACUGAAUUGACAUAUUUGAAAGGCAAAAACACAUGCCAUACUGGUAUUAAUACCGCCGCAGGAUGGGUGUAUCCAAUGGCUUAUCUAUUGGCUAAUGGUUGGAUCAGGCCAUAUGGCUGUGACAGUAUGAGAGCCGCUUCUGAAUAUUUCAGUAAAAGUUGUAUUCCAGGAGCUCUCAGUACUGAAUAUAAUGUUGGUGUUCCUUACGAUAAUAUGUGUGAUCUGUGUCAUGGAGCUAGUUUUAGGUACUGCCGGCGGGAUGCAGCAGAAGACUAUUAUGGUCAUACAGGCGCAUUCCGGUGUUUAGUGGAAGGAGGUGGUCAUGUUGCAUUUGUUAAACACACAACUGUUUCCGAAAAUACCGGUGGAAAACGAAGAGAAUGGUGGGCAAGAAAUACACUAAAUGAUGAUUUUCAGUUGCUGUGUCCUGAUGGUACGAGAGCCAGUAUGAAAGAAUACAUGCGUUGUAAUUUAGGUCUUGUAAAGGCAAAUGCUGUAGUGACUCGUGGCGGUUAUGCGUACAACGAAACUCAAAUUAAUGCAUAUAUUAAUUUAUUCAUUUAUGCUCAACAAUAUUAUGGAAGAAAGGAUUUAGAUGACUUUAGUUUCAGCAUGUUCUAUUCAACUCCACCAUAUAGUGAUUUGAUUUUCCAAGAUGCAACACAGCAGUUACAAGUAAUUAAACCAGAGAAAAGACGUUAUGAUUUAUACUUAGGACAAGAUUUUAUGCGAGCCAGGCGAAUUGUGGAUUGUCAAGCAGGUGCUUCCUCUAAUAAAAUGCAUGUUUUCAGCUUGUUUAUCUCAUUAAUUUUUACAUUAAAAAUUAGUACAAUGCAUUAAAUAUUUUAUUACAUUUUGUUCACU